GUUGUUGGAGGGGUCGUGCGCGAGGAAGCGCCGGGAUCUCUCACGCAGUGCUCUGUAACAGGGGAAGGAGAUGUGGAACCGUGCUCUACUGAGUCCGGUUCUCAGAGAUGGGGCCCAUAAAGUCCUAGGGGUCGUCGCGGCUCGCGCGAAUUCAUCUACGCAGAGCUCAACGAAGCUCGAGAACGUCCUGGAACCUAUGGUCAGGAAAGAUGAAAAAGCCCAGAAGAUCAACCGCGCCAUGAGAGCUUAUCUGGAACGAGCUCAGACGCAGGAGAAAUUCCUUUCGGAGAAGAAAGAAGAAUUCGAAUUGGGGAAACGACAUCUGGCUAACAUCAUGGGCUGGGACCCUGAGGAGAUCACUCAAGAAAAUAUUGACGAAGCCAUCCAAUAUCUUCUGCCGUCCGGGUUGUUCGAACCGAAAGCUCGGCCGAUGAUGAAGCCUCCCGAAAUGAUAUUUGCGAAACAGAAACUGGCCGAGUUCGACUAUACUGGCCGUCCCCACAAUUCCCUGUUCUACACGGCAAGAGGGAACUUCUACGGCCGGCUACAUGAAGCGUUCUCGCAUGUUUUACGGCUCAAUGAGCAUCAGCUAGCAAUGCGUAAGAAAGGAGUGAGGACGCCCGAGGCGGCUGAGCAAUUCGAUUUGAGACCCUACGACUGGAUCAACCAGGGAGAGUUGGCUGAACUGUGCUUGGAACGGAUCAAAGACGAGCACCACGAUUAUUUCAUACGCUCGAUGACACGAUUGGCAGAGCAUCCAUACUCGAACAUGGCUCGGGAAAUCCUGCUGAAGUACCUGAAACCCAAACAAGUCGAAACCCACGAGCAAGAGAUUCUGCCCCUGAUGCACGACGAAGCUGGCAAUCCCUACAUGGAGGCUAGAGGGGAGAGAAAGUCCUUGCGGGCGAUCGUCAAAGUCACCGGCAACGGUACUGGGGAAACUCUGAUAAAUAAGAGCAUGAGCGUCGAUGAGUACUUCCCUGAGCUGAAAGAUCGAUUGCAAGUCAUGUUUCCGCUGCAAUUCGUCGGACUGCUGAAUAAGGUUGACGUAGAGGCGACGAUUUUCAAACGACACGACGAAUACGAGUUGGGGGAGAUGGCGAAAAGCACCGAAGAGGAGCAGAAAGAAUUAAUCAAACCUCUAGAGCUGCGGAAGGGUCAAGCGGCCGAAGCCGGUGCGAUACGACUCGCUCUCUCGAGAGCUUUGUGCUCCUUCGUCACUGAAGAAGAUGUCAAGCUCAUGAGACUCUCUGGACUCCUCACGAAAGACAAGCGGAAACGAGAGAGGAAGAAGCCUGGCAAGAGAGGCGCGAGGAGGAGAUACCCGUGGCGAAAACGAUAGAAGCGAAUGUUGGGUUCACAUCAGCAGAGAUAUUGGGGGGAUACUUUCAUUAUAUACCAAGCUACUUUGAUGAAUAGAAUAUAUCUGCACAUAAACCUAA